AUGGCUCCUCCCAAAAAGGGUCCCUUCAGUGGGCAUCAUCACAAAGUUCAAAUCCAAUCAACAGAAAAAUAUUUCGAUCACUUUUUUACUGUACACCGUAUUUCUGAUGAAAAUGAAACUCUUAACACAGUGUCACCAUUUUUGGUAGACAAAGCAUUUCUUAGUACAGUUGGUGAAGUUACUAAUAUUCGCAAACUUCGAUCAGGUGAUUUGCUGGUUGAGGUAAGCUCCCGUCAGCAAUCCCAGAAAAUUAUGAAAUUGAAAGCCUUGGCAACAAUUCCGAUAAGCGUUAGUCCUCAUAAGUCUUUGAACUCUUCAAAAGGAGUAAUAACUUGUGGGGAAUUAUUCAUUGUCCCUGUCGAAAUUAUAACCAAAGAAUUAAAAUUCCAAGGGGUGACUCAUGUACGCCAGAUUACCAUUCGGCGGGAUGGACAACUCCUUAAUACAAAGCACUAUGUUCUUACGUUCAAUAGUCCCCAAUUACCUGAAUCAAUUAAAGCAGGAUAUAUAAAUUUGCCUGUACGACCAUAUAUUCCUAACCCUCUACGCUGUUUCCAAUGUCAGCGCUAUGGUCAUUCUAAAAUGAACUGCCGCGGGACUCUGACUUGCGCCCGCUGUGCACAAAAGGGUCAUGAUGGUCAGCAGUGUUCUGCACCUGAAAAGUGCAUUAACUGCAAUGGAGACCACACUGCUUAUUCCCGACUUUGUCCGCGUUGGCAACUAGAGAAGAAAAUAGUUGCAGUCAAAUUUAAAGAGAACAUCUCGUAUCCUGAAGCGAGACGCAAGAUUAUAGCUCAAACUCCUACAGAAGGUUCAAGUUAUGCAUCAGCUGUUCAAAGGAAUCCCCCAACUGUAGUUAAUCAAAACGUUCAAAUCGAAAAAACAAAACUUUCCAUUCAAGCACAAUCCUCGAAUUCUGAAUGUGACUUAAAUGAUAUUCCUGAGCCAUCUAACGCCCGUAGGCGUAAAUCUAAAUCUAAAUCACAGACUUCUUUGGCACUUAGACUUUCAAAGCGAGGUCUAACAAAACAUGAUUUACCGAUAAAAUUAAAAAAUCUUCAGUUAAAAACUCUGUCGCUCUAG